AUGAAGGACACCCCGGAGGACCAUCGGACGGAUUACGGACUACUACGGAGCCUCUCUCUGGACAACUCACCAUGGGCCGAACUGUCGCCCGCUAGAGUGGAAGCAUCCACUGUUGGACCCCUGCGUCCCCCCUGUCGGACCCCUGCGUCCCCCGUCGGAUCCCUGCAUCCACCCGUGUCGGACCGCCGCGAGCGCAUCAUCGCCCUGCUGAAUUAUCCACCGCCGGACCAUUGCCGUCCACCGUCGGACCACGAGCGUCCACCCAUGGGACCCCAGCGUCCACUGCAGGCCGCGAGCGUAUCAUCGCCGCCUGUCAAAUCAUCCACCGUCGGACCCCGAGAGUCCUCCUGCAGGCCGCGAGCGUAUCAUCGCCCUGCCAAAUCAAGCACCCGUCGGACCCCUGCGUCCACCAGAAGGAUCACAGCAUCCGCCCGUAGGACCCCCAGCGUCCACCACCCGGCCGAAGUGCCAUUCCCCGGACCGUAG